CCCCUCUUCUAUUUAAAACCUUUCAAAAAUAAAUAUUUCUCCACUAUUUCAUUCAAAACCAAGAUUCAGAUCUAGAGAGAGAAAGAUAGUAGAGAGAGAAAGCUCAAGAAUUCCUAAAAAUGGAGCCAUUUCCUAUGGCAAGGGUAUUUUCGUCCAAAGAAAAUAAGCAAAGUUUAGAAACAGGUGAAACUUCUUUUAGGGUAUAUUAUGGUGCAACAGGUGCAACUAUACCUUUUAUGUGGGAAUCACAACCAGGUACCCCUAAACAUCCUAUUUUUAGCAAAAAUGACAAUAUUGUCCCUCCCCUAACACCCCCACCUUCGUACUCGUUACGAGGAUCGUCUUGUAAUAAAAAAAGCACGAAAUAUAACAAAAUAUUUCGUGCUUUUAUUUCCUCGUUUAGUCGUAGUAGUAGGAGUCGCUCCUCUCAUGUUACUCCUACAUCAUCGUUGUCUUUAUCAUUAUCGUCCUGUAACUCUUACUCGAGCCCCUUAUCGUGGUCUACCUCAUCUACGAGCUCAUCGUCCCCACGAUCAUCGCCUCGAGGGAAGUGUAACAAGUCUCAUAGGAGAAGCUUCUCAUUUGGCAACCCUAGAGAAAAGUCUCCAUUUUUUGGUGAAGAAGAGGAGGAACGAAAUGUGGGAGGUCUUGGUUCAAUUAUGUGCUUUGGGUUUAAGAAGCAACAAGCUAAUAAGGGUGUUACUUUAUGCAAUAAAUUUAUGGUUUAAUUAAGGGGUUUAUUUGGGAGAUGAAAUAUAAUAUUUGUACAUCAUAAUAUUGAGUGUUUUUAAUUAAUUACUCCCAAUUUAGCUUUGAUUAAUAGCUUAGCUUGUUUUUUGGCUGAGUUUUUAAUUUAGUAAAGGGUUUGUUCGGGUAGUUUUCUUGCUACCGUAUACCCUUUUUUACUUGAGAUUAUGGAAUGUAUUACUCUUUAUGGUGCUCAUUAAA